AUGCUUAUCAUUGUGGGCUCCUUCUCAUUUUCCUCCUUGGAGAUUCGGCUCUCGGCACGCCAUUACGAAGAACAAAUCCAAGGUCUCAAGGCGGAACGUCAAAACCUCGCUCGGGAGCUUGAUGGAAAGCUUGACAAAUCCUUGAUGAAAAGUCUGCUUGUGAGUUGUUUAAGGCUGCCUCCCUCCAAGAGACCAGACGCCUUUCGGAUGUUAGGACGUAUACUAGAAUUCACCCCGGACGAAUGCAAUGUGCUUGGCCUCAGUGAGCCUGUUGGCACGAACUGGCGCGACUGGUUCAGGAUGACCGGAGCACAUACGUCCACGGGCGAUGAAGAUUCCCAAAAACGAUCGUUCAUUGAACUUUUUGCGGAAUUCCUCGAAAAGGAGUCUGCCCCGCCAACCCAAAUCAAGUUACCGACAGACCACCUGCAAUCCAUGAGCCCACAGAAUCAGUCUCAGGUGGCACGAAGGUUGCGCGCCGAUUCCACUUCGACAGUCCAGCAGAGGAGCGUUGCUGAACACAGUGGACAACCGGCUCCCCACAAUCUCCCCUUCCCUUCGGACACUGGCGUACCACCAACUGUCCCGCUGUUUAUACCUACCAUCUCCAGCUCCACACCCCCAAAAGGCGCGUCAGCCAAUCCACUUUUGUCAGCUUUCGUGCAGAAGUGA